CCCCCCCUCUCCGCCUCUGCCCACCACCUCCAUUACUCCUCCUCUCGCCGCCGGCCGUCGGGAAGCUCCAUCAGCUCGAUCCAGCGGCUUGCCAGCCAUGUCGGGGAGCUACUCCUCGCGGCUCCGCGCCGGGGGCGGCGGCGGGGGCCUGGGCGCGACGACGGUGCUGGCGGCCAAGGUGGCGUUCGCGUCGGCCGCGCUGGCCGCGGCCGCGUGCAUGGUGCCGCAGCUCGUCUCCGGUGCCGACGCCUUCCUCUGGAAGCUCUACCUCUUCGUCACCGUGCACGUCAUCAUCUUCGUCAUCUGGAAGCUCUCCGACAGCAAGCACUUCCACGCCGCGCAGCAGCAGCACAAGGACCCCUGGGCGCCGUCGCCGCUCCACCACCCCGCCGCCGCGGCGCCCCCGCUGCUGACGGAGCCGGCCGUGCCGGCCGCCGUCAAGCGCAGGGUGGACUUCGCGCCCGCCCCCGCCGUCUUCUCCGCCGCGCCGGCCGAGGUGUACCGCGUGCCCCCGCCCGUGUCGCGGUGGCACGAGGCUGCUGACUCGGCGGUGGUCGAGGAGGUCGUCUCCCCUGUCUCGUUCGGCGGCGAGUCGUGCGUCACCACGGAGUCCGAGGAGGACGCUUCCUCCGCCGCCGUGUCAGCCUACAUCGCCACCGCCGACGAGGGCAGGAGCGUCUCGCCUGGACUGGCGCCCGCACGGGAACACGCGGUCCUCGAGCGUGGGGUCUCCCUGCCCCCUCGCCGGGCUACCGCGCCCACGGACGAACACUUCGACGGCGCCGACGACAACCACGACGGCGGCGGCGGCGACGACGACGACGACCUGGACGCGACGUGGAACGCCAUCAUGCAGAAGACGCGCCCGGCGACGGCGCCGGCCGCAUCCACCACCUCCCCUCCAGCCCCACGCUCGUCGCCUCCCCGGCCAACCCCAUCGCCGCGGCCGCGAGCCCGGGAGCCAUCCGUCGGCGCGGUGGAGCUGAGCAAGCGGUCGGAGGAUUUCAUCAAGAAGAUCCACAACUCCUUCGGGCGGCACCAAUGAUCCCAACCACCCACCCACCUACCAUCAACCCAAAAAUCCCAAACCAAUCCAAAUCAAAAAUUUCUCGGCUGUGUAAAGAUCAUAUCCCCUUAAAUUAGUCUUUCUUCUUCCCUUCUUGGUGUGCCCUGUACCGAUCGCCGGAGCAGAGGCGAGGCGAGCUCGUCAGAACCGCCACAUUUAGGUCGCCUGUUUGAAGUGAAACAAUCAGCAUGGGCAACUGGUGUUAGAUUCACAGUGUUGAUGAUGGGUGAAAAGGCCACAGACCAUAUCGUUCUCUGCUUGCAUAUGGACAAGACCUAGUGGUUAGGAAAGGAUUGAUUGGUUUUGCCCUGCUGUUUAUGGUUCUCCCUCACUCACCACCCCAUAUGCAACGACAAAUAAAUAUCCACUACUGGAAAAUGAUUUGCGCUGCAGAGGACAAGAGACUGUUUUUAUCGAGCUGUAAAGUUUGCAAAUCUGAAAUGACACAUGGAGCAUAUAUGUUGGUCCUGGCAUCAUGCCAAGAGAACAUUUGUACAGAUACUCUGUAGCUAUCUAUCCAGCCUCCAGCCUAGUACUUUUACAAGCAUACGCUGCACUUUGCUGUGGUAUUGCUUUCAGUAUGGAAGGAGCAGAGGAGCAGCAGUACCUGAUAAAAUGAUUAGAAGACAUACUUGUUUGCUGUAUGAACUGAUUAUCCUAGAAAGAAAACCUUGUUAAUAAUGGCAUAAU